AUGGAUCCAGUCUCAUCCUGGGGAAACACCUCCCUCGUUAACGUCGAUCCAGAGAUCCACGACCUCAUCGAGAAAGAGAAGCGCCGACAAUGCCGCGGAAUCGAACUCAUCGCCUCCGAGAAUUUCACCUCCUUCGCCGUCAUCGAGGCUCUCGGAAGCGCACUCACCAACAAAUACUCUGAAGGUAUGCCUGGUAACCGUUACUACGGAGGCAACGAGUUCAUCGACGAGAUCGAGAUGCUCUGCCAAUCUCGCGCUCUCGAGGCCUACCGUCUGGAUUCGGCCUCGUGGGGCGUCAAUGUCCAGCCCUACUCUGGAUCUCCGGCGAAUUUCGCCGCCUACACCGCCUUGCUUCAGCCGCACGACCGUAUCAUGGGGCUUGAUCUACCUUCAGGUGGUCAUCUCACUCAUGGUUACUAUACCUCCGGCGGGAAGAAGAUCUCAGCCACUUCGAUCUACUUUGAGAGCCUUCCGUACAAGGUGAACUUUACCACCGGUUACAUUGAUUACGAUAAGCUCGAGGAGAAGGCGUUGGAUUUCAGGCCUAAGUUGCUCAUCUGUGGUGGUAGUGCGUACCCUAGGGAUUGGGAUUACGCUAGAUUGAGAGCUAUUGCUGACAAAGUUGGAGCUCUUUUGCUCUGUGACAUGGCUCACAUCAGUGGUCUCGUUGCUGCUCAGGAAGCUGCAAACCCAUUUGAGUUCUGUGACGUUGUGACAACAACAACCCACAAGAGUCUGAGGGGUCCAAGAGCCGGUAUGAUCUUCUACAGGAAGGGCCCAAAACCACCAAAGAAGGGACAGGCAGAGGGUGCAGUGUACGACUUUGAGGACAAAAUCAACUUUGCUGUCUUCCCUGCGCUUCAAGGUGGACCUCACAACCACCAGAUCGGUGCUCUAGCUGUUGCGUUGAAGCAGGCUAAUACUCCUGGUUUCAAGGCCUACGCAAAACAAGUGAGAGCCAAUGCUGUUGCCCUCGCAAACUUCCUAAUGGCCAAGGGAUACAACAUUGUCACCAAUGGAACCGAGAACCACCUUGUUCUCUGGGAUCUUCGUCCUCUUGGAUUGACCGGUAACAAGGUUGAGAAGCUCUGUGAUCUGUGCAACAUUACUUUGAACAAGAACGCUGUAUUUGGAGACAGCAGUGCUCUUGCUCCUGGAGGUGUAAGAAUCGGUACACCGGCGAUGACAUCUAGAGGAUUGGUGGAGAAGGACUUUGAGCAGAUAGGAGAGUUCUUGAGCAGAGCAGUGACACUGACAUUGAGCAUCCAGAAGGAGCACGGGAAGCUGUUGAAGGACUUUAACAAGGGUUUGGUGAACAACAAGGAGAUCGAGGACCUUAAGGCUGAUGUUGAGAAGUUCUCUGCUUCUUAUGAGAUGCCUGGAUUUCUCAUGACCGAGAUGAAGUACAAGGACUAG